AAGACAGAUUACAAUGAAGCAAUUAUUCAUAGAACAAGAUGGAUUCUUCUGGUUGAUGGUUUCCCAGUUCUCCUCAAGAAUAUCGUAACAGUAUUCAUACAUGUUCUUUGCUACUGAGAACUUUUUAUGCAGAAAAAAUCCAGAAGAGGUUAAUUAACUGAAAAAUGUCUGCUUUGCAAAACUUCACCCAUUCUCUGGAAGAGACUUUCAAGAAGAUUUUCAUUGACUAUAUGAACAAUUGGCGUAGAAAUACCACAAUGGAACAAAAUGCUUUGCAAGAACGAGUUGAUGCUGAAAAUUUAGAUUAUGUAAUUUUGUAUCUUAUGGUAAUGAUUGGCAUCUUCUCUUUUAUUAUUGUGGCAAUCUUAGUAAGCACAGUGAAAUCAAAGAGACAAGAGCAUUCCAAUGACCCUUAUCAUCAGUACAUCGUGGAUGAUUGGAGUGAAAAGCUAAAAAACCAGAUUCUUUUCCAAGAUGAUCUUAAAUCCAUUGUCCAUGAAAAUUGUGGAGCAAAGGGCAAAGGUAGUCCAUAAUCACCAAAACCUGAAUUAAAUAUUGAAGAACUGGGAUCCCUAAUUUAGUGGCUUUAAUAUCAACAUGCUACAACUUCUAUUCUAUACAUAAUGAUAGGAUAUCAGAUUAAGUUAAAUAUUCAAUAUCUACAGGCAGAGCAGUAACCGACUAUGACAUAUUGGAAUCAAAACAAGACUUUCUAGAUAUCUUCAUCAGUUCAAGAAAUUACAAAGUGGGUUAAAUCAGGGAAGCUAGUUUACAUUCUGAAAUUUCGAGCACUCUUUUAAGAAAUUUUACAAGACUGAGUGAUUAAAUGAAGAUACUUCAGAUAAAUUAUAACAAAUUAUAAAAAAUACAUUGACUACUUUGUUGAAGAAAAUGGGUGAUCCUACCCAGACACCAUGAUAUUCUUUUUUAGAUGGAUUUUUAACUUUUAUCACCACUACCACUCUAUUUGUGUGUGUGUGUGUGCUUCAACUACCUGCCAACAGAAGAAGCCAGAGGACCAAAACUCUGUUACCUCCAACUCUGUCCUGCUUCAUGAAGCUGUAACUGGACCCUUCCUGCUCAGUAAAACACUUGGAAUCUGCCACCCAGGAAGAGAAAGGAAAGUUGCAAUAAUUAUCUUUGGGUCUGUAGACUGAAAGAUUGGCUGUUUGAGACCCAAGCAGCAUGUGAUGGGGUGAGUUCCCAUUCUUGCCCCAGCUCCGAACAACCUAACAAUUCAAAAGCUUACCAAUGCAAGUAGAUAACAGUAACAGCAUUCCAUGCACCUCAGCUUAUAAUCCUGAUGGUCACAUGACUACAGAAGUAUCUUUGGAAAAUAUUGGCUCCCUCGGCUAGGAAACGAAGAUGGGCACCGCCCCUUAGAGUCAGAAUCAACUGGACAAGGGAAACUUUUACCUUACUGAUUUUAUGAAAUGGAUAUCAGCUGCUUCUGUAAAUCAGAUGAAAAACCAAUAGAUUCCACCCUUUACUAUGGAACUUAUUAAUAUAAUAACUGGAAGUUUUGUUGUACGUAAUAUUACAAUUCUUUUAUGACUAUAUGGACAUUCUAUCCAUUUAGAAUCAAUUAACAUUGAGCUGUAGUUAUAUUAUUCUUAUCUGAUACUUUAAAUGUAUAAAGGUUAUUACUAUA